AUGUCUUAUAUCGAGGAUGGUAGGAGAAGCGUCGCCAAGUUGUUGCACGGUGUUACCAGAUAUGGCUCUAGAGGGUACUUCAUUAAGCCAACUAUUUUUUACGGAUACUACAGAAGACAUGAAGAUUGUGCAAGAGGAGAUUUUUGGGCCGGAGUGGCAAUCUCCAAAUUCAGCACUGAGGACGAUGUGGUUAAGAAAUGCAACGACACUCAGUAUGGUUUAGCCGCCGUGCUGUUUACUGAGAACGUGAGACAUGCGCACAUCGUCGCACGCAAGCUUUAG